UUUUCAUAUGUGGCUUGGAUUUUUAGGCCACUUCCGUUUGCCAAACAAGUUACUUCCGAGGCAACCAAAUGCGACAACUCAGCACCAUUGAUCGAGAAUAUGGACAGAAUAAAUGUGCCCCCUCCGGGCCCUGUGGACCUUCCUCUGUCCUUGCUGGAGAUGGGAUGCUCUGGCAGGUUUGAACUCAUCACACAUCCCUCCCCAGGAUUGCCUUUCCCACCGCAAAGCACGCUCCCAAACGGGCUUCCCCCCACCAGCCUGAGCUUGGAGGCCGAAGUAAAGAAGCAGUUUUUACAGGAUCCUGGCUGGCUUCCUUUACACGACACAGACUUUGCCUUUCAAAAGUUUCUCAAAGUGACACAAAGAAACGUGAAUGUCGAGUCCCUGCUCAACUGCACUUCAUCGCCACUAAAUUCAGGUCUCGCCGUCAACAGAGAUCCAACUACAGGGAUGCUGCUGGAUUUCACCGAGGUUUCAUUGGAGAACACUGGUCUUUCGUCAAAGAACUCGCUGUCAUUACAACGCAAACCUGGACCUCCUUCGGAGAGCCUUAGAGGAAGCAACACAAACUAUCCCUUCCUGCCUGGUGGUAUGGAGGAACUUACUCUCGACCAAAUCAAGAAUAAGUCAGAGCUGGAGCAGGAUAUCGACUUUGAGAAUGAUUUGCUCCAAGUUCCUCCUGGUUUUAAAGCUGGAAUGGACAUCGCCAACAGAGAAGCUCAAGUAUCAAAACCAGAGGUCAGCCUCAUGUCGCUUCUGUCGACUUCUGAUGAUGUCAUCGAUUUGGAGGCUGCGGCAGAAGCAAAGGAGGAAGGCCAAGGACAUAAGGAGGCCACCAAACUUCCAAGGACAAACAGCCUUGUAGACCUGGGCAUCAAAGAUGCCAUGUCUUCCUCCUCUCCCUUCAGUGAGGGAAAAAAGAGAAACUCACUCCAGAAUGAGAAACCAGAAGAAACCAAGAAAUGGGCCAUUCCCGUUGACAUAAGUUCACCUUGCGAGAAUUUUCACAAACGUAUUCCUCAUCCAGCUUUUAAGUGGCCGUUCGAGCUCGACGUAUUCCAGAAACAAGCCAUUUUACGACUGGAGGCCCACGACUCAGUGUUUGUCGCGGCGCACACGUCGGCUGGCAAAACCGUCGUGGCCGAAUACGCCAUUGCCCUCUCGCAGAAACACAUGACAAGGACUAUUUACACUUCCCCGAUCAAGGCUUUGUCCAAUCAGAAGUUUAGAGACUUCAAGACGACCUUUGGGGAUGUGGGUCUCCUCACAGGUGACGUCCAGCUCAGUCCUGAGUCUUCAUGUCUCAUCAUGACCACCGAAAUCCUCAGGUCAAUGCUUUACAACGGUUCAGAAGUCAUCAGAGACUUGGAGUGGGUCAUAUUUGAUGAGGUCCACUAUAUUAAUGAUGCAGAGAGAGGAGUGGUUUGGGAAGAGGUGCUGAUCAUGUUGCCUGAUCACGUAAGCAUCAUUCUCCUGAGCGCCACAGUGCCAAACGCUCUGGAAUUCAGCGAAUGGAUCGGACGUAUUAAGAAGAAGCACAUUUAUGUGAUCAGCACGCUGAAGAGGCCCGUGCCUUUGGAGCAUUAUUUGUACACUGGAAACAACACAAAGACUCAGAAAGAAAUGUUUCUACUGUUGGAUGCUACAGGAAACUUCCUUACCAAAGGCUACUACGCAGCUGUGGAUGCCAAGAAGGAGCGAACUAGCAAAUACGCCCAAUCUUAUGGCACGAAAAGUACAUCCCAGCACACCACAGCUAGUCAAGACCGCGCGGUGUGGCUCACCCUCUUGCACUUCCUGUCCCACCGGCAGCAGACGCCCGUGGUGGCGUUCACGUUCUCGCGCACACGCUGCGACGAGAACGCCCGUUCGCUGGACUCCAUGGACUUGACCACCUCCAUCGAGAAGGCCGAGAUUCACUCGUUCUUCCAAAAGAGCCUGAGUCGCCUCCGAGGGGGAGACAGACAGUUGCCUCAGAUCGUGCUCAUGAGGGACCUGUUGAAAAGAGGAGUAGCCGUCCAUCAUAGUGGAAUUCUCCCCAUCCUGAAGGAGGUGAUUGAAAUGCUCUUCUCAAGAGGUCUCGUAAAGGUGCUGUUCGCAACCGAGACAUUUGCGAUGGGAGUAAACAUGCCUGCCAGGACUGUCGUUUUCGACAGCAUCCGAAAACAUGACGGAACCGGCUUCAGGAAUCUGCUGCCUGGGGAAUACAUUCAAAUGGCGGGCAGAGCAGGGAGGAGAGGUCUUGAUGCCACAGGCACGGUCAUCAUUCUCUGCAAAGCCGGUGUUCACGAGAUGUCCGAGCUGCAUGUCAUGAUGCUGGGCAAGCCCACCACGCUUCACUCACAAUUCAGACUGACUUACACCAUGAUCCUCAACCUGCUGCGAGUCGAGGCUCUCCACGUGACGGACAUGAUGAGGAGAAGCUUCUCUGAAAGCCACCGAGACACUCAGGCGCAUGAAAAGAGAAUCACCCAACUAAAGAAGACGUUGUCCACUCUGCCACGUGCGGCCAGUGAGGGCCAGCUCUCUGAUUUGUUGCCGUACUACCACACAGUGACAGAGCUGCAAACCACGAGAGACAUCCUCCAGCGUGCUAUUCUGGAGUCGGUCAAUGGGCUGAAGGCUUUGUCUGCAGGCCGAGUUGUGGUGGUGAACAACAAGCAGCAUCUCAACGCCCUGGGAGUUAUCCUGCAGGUGUCCAGUGACUCUGUGAAUCGCACCUUCACAGCGCUCAUCAUGUGCGACAAAGGGAACGAGGAAGGAGAGGGAAACGGCGGUGACAGCCGAGCUCUUCCUCACCUCUACAACGCUGCGCUCUUUAUCCCCGAAGGUCCAUGCAGCCACACAGUGCAGAAGCUGAAGCUACAGGACAUCACCGGCAUCACAAUGAAGACCCUCAAAAUCAUCCCGGACAGGAUAAUCGACAACUAUCAUAAGAGACAACAGCCCCGAUUUAGGACCGAACCACCCGGUCAAGCCAUUUCCACGGCCACCCAAGAGCUCCUGCGGUUGGCCGAGGCCAACGCAGGCGGCAUCGCCACCCUCGACGCAGUCAACGACCUCCAGUUGAAGAGCGUGGACGUUGUCGAGGCCUCCAUGCGUCUCCGUGUGCUGCAGGACAGCCUCAGAGAAUUCAAUUGCAUCCACUCACCCACUUUCACGGAGCAGUUUGCUAAAGUUAAGGAGAGGAUGAGUGUACAAGAGGAGCUGGACAAACUGCUUUUCCUGGUUUCAGAUCAGUCGUUAUCUCUGCUGCCCGAGUACCAUCAGAGAAUCAAGGUGCUGCAGUCGCUCCAGUACGUGGACAGCGGCGGCGCCGUGCAGCUCAAAGGCCGCGUAGCCUGUCAGAUCAGCAGCCACGAGCUGCUGCUCACCGAGCUGCUCUUUGAGAACGCGCUGAGCCCGCUGGCGCCUGAGGAGAGCGCCGCCCUGCUGUCCUGUUUGGUCUUCACGCAGAACACCCAAGUGGAGCCGCACAUUACCAACACUUUACAGGAGGGUAUCGAUCGCGUGUUGUCGGUUGCUCAGCGCAUCGGAGAGUUACAAAGGGAUUGCGGCUUACCACAAACAGCGGAAGAAUUUGUGGGCCAGUUCAAGUUUGGCCUGACAGAGGUGGUUUAUUGCUGGGCCAGAGGCAUGCCGUUCGCAGAGAUCGCCCAGUUGACGGACGUACAGGAGGGCACGGUGGUGCGCUGCAUCCAGCGUCUGGACGAGGUUCUGAAAGAGUUGCGCCAGGCCGCCCGCAUCGUGGGAGACUCGGUGCUCGGGAGCAAGAUGGAGAAGGCCUCCCUCGCCAUCCGGAGGGACAUCGUCUUUACUGCCUCUCUCUACACCCACUGAGAGAUGGGUGAUGGAUGUGUGCUUAAAAAAAAAAUGUUUACAUCAAACCAUGAAGUUCAUGUCAGCUUAAGUCGAUACCACCGUACACAUUUUUAACGUCUUAACCAAUUUUUAAAAUGUGUGACAUCCCAAACAUGAGAAGUGAAAAAUAAUGCAAUCUCCUGUCAAUGGAUGAAAUGUACUCUAAAUGACCGGCAUGGCACCCCGCACACCGAGCGAUAUCUCCAUUGACAAUCGCCAAUCUCUUUCCCAAACCAGAUGUCUGUCAUCGCACCCAGAAUGACCUGUGAUAGUCAGCAUGGUGCCACAGGGCCGCCAGAAAUUACAACGAAAAUGAAAUAAUAGUACAAGAAAAGCUAUUUAAUGCCACCCCUAGUUGAAGUUUACUGUCAAACUAAACAUCAAACAAAGAGCAAUUAAUCACUGUGUACCAAUGGCAUAGCUUUGGCUUCAAAAACAAAAAAACAAACUUUGGGCCAGAUCACAUUCAUAUCUAUGGACAGCUUGAGUCUUUAAUUCAGCUAAAAUCUAUGUUUUGGGAAUGUUGGAGGAAACCACCAACCGCCACUGUGCUGCAAAUUUACAUUUAUUUUUGCCUUUGUACAUUUUCUCUGUGUAAAUGCUUGAACAGUAUUAAAACGUACUGUGUUGUUAA